AUAUAAUAAACUUACAUACUGAAAUUGGUGAAUUUGCGACUCUCUCAUAGACAAAACGAUUAUCUGUCCAAUAAUAGGAUGCAAAUUUGUGACUAGUGUGCUUCAGAGUGGGAACUGGUUACAACGCGCAAAAAAAUGCCUCUGUCUCGGAAGGAUAAAAAGCACUUUUGGAUUAAGUGUGCAGGUAAAUGCGACCUAGUAUUCCGUGGUGAUCUCUAUAGUUACUCCAGAUAAUCAUGGCUAUUUGGCAAUCUAGUAUACACAUUUUCCUCAAGUUGGGAACCCCUCGCAUGCAUGAAACUAUACGUCGGAGACUUCUCUGUCCAAAGCAAUUUCGAUCAGUCCGCCUAAAAGUGGGAGACCGAUACGAUCGGCGCAUGGGCCGCAAGCGGGGGAAUGGCGCGUGCACAGACAGCACGGGGGCAGCGAGCCAAAAGUGCAGGGGCUCUUGUCUUGCUUAGUCGUGCCUGCGCGGGCCGGUCGGCAUCCUGCCGGUAGUUCCCCCACCUGCAAGGCCGGCACUAUUAUUGUGCGCACUGAGUUCCUGUUUUUUUGCGCUGUGUCUUUUGGCAUGCGUGUUUGUCAGCCUGCUCCUGGGCGGCGCCAUGGCGAUAUGCUCCUCUGCACCCUCGCCCUCCUCGUCCUACUCAGCAUGCACCCCGUCUGCUGGUCGAAGCGCCCAGGUCGUCGCCCGGGCCUCCUGCAUGCGUCCCACUUGAUCUUCGAAGUCUCCAAAGUGUCGCACUGUGACGUACCGGGUAACGCCAUCAGGAUCUUGAAAGUUCACACAGGCAUGGCAAACAAGGUGGACUUCUCCUUAGACGUAGAAUUCAACAUCACUCGCUCUGUCCGGGCUAUCGACUCGUUCCUGAUCCAGAUCACCAAAUGCCGGGAGCUUGUCUCGUCCAACACCUGCGAGAUAUUCCACACCUGGCGAUUCGAAAACAACCCGUGCAAGGGGUUCAACGACCCCCUCGCUCUCUGGGCUUGCCCCGUAAAUGCCAUGAAACCUCGCCCAGACUGCCCCUUCAAAAAGGGUACUUACGCCGUGCAAAAUCUAACAUUGGGCUCAGAGUUUAUGGGAAAUUGGCCGUUCCCCUAUGAGGGCAACGUCUGGAGAGUACGCCUGGGUUUGUUGGAGACCAAGACCCUCUUCCACAUGUGCACGGACAUUGAGGCGCACGUGCACCGAGUGCGCGACAACUAAUUGUGAGUGGGGAGGGAGAAAGAACAAUAAAAAUAAACUCAACAGC